AUGACAAUGAGCGUGGGGAGUGGUACACAAGGCUUAGAUGGAUGGAUGGAUAGAUGGAGGGGGGCGGCAGAACAGCAGCAACAGUGGGCUGGAUGUGCGCGAGAGUACGUCCAUGGCAAUGGAGAUUCCCGAAUGAAGAUAUGGUCCACAAACAAAAAUAAGCAGAGUACUGGCACAGUGUUGUCCGGAGGAGAUGAUACAUCUGGCAUAGGGGACGAAGAACACACGGAAGAACCUGAAUAG